AUGGAGUCCUGCCUGGAGGCCCUGCCGUUUGAACUUAGCAGCACUAUCGGUCGGUUUCUCCCUACUUACGCUGACCUUGCAGCAACCUCGAGGACAAGCAAGAGCUUGCAUGCCGUCUUCAACCCGCUCCUGUACAGACGGGCUUCGGACUCCAAGAAGAAUUUCGCCCUUUUCUGGGCAGCCGAUACAGGCCAAAGUCGGACCGUGGAGCUCCUGCUGGAUGCUGGCACUGAUCCGAACCUCACCUGGUGGACCAACAGAAUAGGCCAACGGCCCUUGGACCGGGCCGUUCCUCCGGGCUUCGUCGUACGUUGGCAUACUGGCGAUGGCGCAAGAAAGCAUUCCUGGCACUGGACCGCCUUACACCUUGCCUCGUUAAGAGGUCAUGAGGCAAUUGCCGUUUUGCUCCUCGAUCGAGGGGCCGAUAUCGAUAGGCUGGCACGAGGCCUCUUCUCCGACCUGUCGCCGUACAGGAGGGCCACGGUACCCGGCACCGGUCAGCUUGUGGGCCUAAAGACGCCCUUGUACAUGACAAUACGUGGUAAUCACGAGUCGAUGGCUAGACUUCUGAUUGAAAGAGGCGCCUCGAAAUACGUAGCUUGUCCUUAUCCCCAGGAUGAUGACAGCUCCAAGCCUGGAGGGUAUACUGCUCUCCACGCUGCUUGCAGGUACGGGCAGCUUCCCCUGGCCAAGUUCCUUGUGGACGAAGAGAGCCAUCAUGCGGAUAUCAAUUCCGGUAGCUUGAGUGGUGGGACACCACUGACAAAUGCAUACGUGGGCGCACGAUGGGAGUGCUUUGACUGGUUGCUAGAGAAGGGUGCAACAAUGGCCAGCGUGCCCGAUACCGCACCGCCAAUGCUCGCGGACGCCAUCCAUUGCCACAGAUUUGCCGACGCAAAUCGGUUGAUCGAUAGAGGCCAUGCAAUAGAGGUUACUGACGACAUGCGGCCCUUUUGCAUCUACGCCACUCACCCAACUGAAGUCAAGCAGCAGACUGGCCAUCAUCUACCUUUGCCAGUGAAGGCUGCUAGGAGUGCUAUACCAGAGGCAGUACGCUAUCUCCUAGAAAACGGCGCAGACGUCAAUGCCUUCCAGGUGAACUGCGACACGGCAUUGAUGUCGGCCUGCACCAUGGUGCCUCCACCCUUUCGUGCGAGGCCUCCUACAGUCCGAGGCCCACCAAGGCCACCGUUCAUCCCACUAUCGCGCGUCGAGAUUGUCACCAUGCUACUCGAAGCUGGUGCUGAUGUGAACCUGAAGGGCCAUGCGGGACGGACUGCUCUCAUUGUCAUCAGCAGUGCACCGCCAAGUGGGCCCAAGCUAGACAUCGUUCGUCUCCUUCUUGACCACGGAGCUGAUCCGCACGAGUCACACCAGUGGUAUCUGUCUGCGUUCGGAUCCGCGUUCGUCGCCAACGAUCUUGAAUCGUGCCGGUUGAUGUGUGCCAAGCACCCGCUUCACCAGCCCAGUUACCCGGCCCUCAUCCGCCUCCUGCUUGGGUUACGGUACAGAGCGCCUCUAGAAAAGCUAGAAUUCCUGCUCGAAAUCGAUGAGUAUGAUUCGCUUCUAAGAUCUGAUGAGGCCCUCUUGCAGACGUUCAAAUUCCGAAACAACGCAGAAGCCUGUAUUAUCAAGCUGCUGGAAAGAGGGGCCAACUACGAAGCUGCCUGGGAGGACAACAAGAUUGCCCUUACCCAAGCCAUGAAGAAGAGCUACGUCGAGGUUGCCAAAGAGUUGCUAAAGCUAGGUGCAAACCCGAACGUUAGGAACAAGUACGGAACUACUCCGCUUGCCCAGGCAGUGGUGUGGCCAGAUGAGAACCAGAGACUAGGUCUGGUAGAAGCGCUCUUGAAGGCUGGAGCUGACAUACACAUGCCGAACGGCUCUUGCUCCUGCAGUGAAAAAUCAGACAUAGCUGUCGAGGAAACGCCACUGGAGGCAGCUAUAUCAGCGCAGCGAGACCGUCGGGACCCCGAAGUACUGGAGAUGCUACUCCGCUACCAGCCGCUAGACAGUUGUCCGGACGAAUUGUUGCGUCGCGCUCUCUACGCUGCAUGCGAUUCAGCAAAUUUCCCUGCAUUUAAGGCCAUCGUGGAUUCUGGCGGGGAUGAGAUUGUCAAACAAAAGGUUGAUCUGUUCGUGCUGGGCAUUUCUUGGGAUAUCCUGCACGAACAAGUCGAGACUGUCGCGGACAUGGAUGAGGCAGUGAGUAUUCUGGGCCACGUCUUGGAACUGGCGACGCCUUCGCCAGACAUCGCCCAUAAGUGCCUGAGGAAGCUUAUUGCACACUCAACGCGAACCUUCAGGAAACAAUUUCCAAGGGCGCCACCUGCCAAGGUCGGAAUAUCCUGGUGUCUGCGGCGGAGGAUUCGGUUCCUAGAUAACAGCACGUCCAGUGUGAUCAUCGCCAUCAAGCCGUACCAGCCACAUCCCUUUGCACCGGCGACUCAGACACUCGGAGAGCUUGGCGAACGGCUGCUGCUUGAGGCGAAAAGAAGUCGCGAGCCUGAGAUGAAUUACUACUGCACGUUCUUCUCGUGGUAUGGAAAAUGGUCGCAACCAGCUCCUGAUGAUUAUUUUACAAGCUCAAGUAGUUCAAGUGAUGAACUCGCAGACUAG